AUGAUCUAUUCUCGAUUUGCCACAGUAGCUGAGGUGAUUACCGAAAUAGAAAAUCUUAUACCUGGUUGCAAAUUGAACCAAAAGGCAAAGAAGGCUGAGAUCCAGGCUGUUCUGGAAUUUCUUCAAGUCAAUUUACAACUUCUCCAACCCCCUUCAACGGUGAACAGCUUGUCCACCAUCAUCACCAACACUUGCCUGUUUGAAAGAAUGGCCCCAGGAGCACCUGAAAGUGUGGAAGAAGGUUCACAUGUCACAAAGAACAUACUGACAGUUAUCUUUCCUCCUUUUCACUUUCCACAUUCGUCAUCAACUCUCUCAAAACCCUCAAUUCCACACGAGCCUGAUCCAAGUACUCCAAAGCGAUCUCCUUCACAUCCAGAACCUAGAAUCUCGUUUAACACUUGUGGUGAAUUGUUAUCACAUUGGAGAGAAACUCAUGAAAGUUUCAGAGGAACUGAUCCAUUAGAACGUCCAUUUAUGUGUGUUAUGGAUGGUUGUAUGAGGGAUUGGAAGAAUAUCGCAGGAAUUCGCUAUCACAUUCAUCCCGUGACUUCAGAAAGAGUUAGGAAUUUACAAUCAGAACAAAAACCAAUUCAAAGAGGACCAAUUAGUAGUAGUCGACCAACGGGUCUUAAUCUUUUACCUAAUCCUAAUCUUACUACUCAACCACAUCAUCUUCCACCUGUAACUACGAUCAGUAAUCCUAUUCCUACUACUACGACCACUCCGACGAUUAAGAGAAAACCUAGUGGGAAAAGUAGAAGAUUGAAUCGAUCUGAUGAAAAGAAUGCAGCAAGAAAAUAUCUGUGUCCGAUUGAAGGAUGUGAAAAAAGGUAUCAACAAACAUCUGGAUUAAAAUAUCAUCUUUCAAAUGGACCUGAACAUUCUGCAAAACUUCAUAGAGAUGGUGUAAGUAUUGAUGGAUUAAUAGCCACAUCGACCUUGAAUAUGUUAAAAACAUCAGAUUUACCAUACUUGGAAGCGAAAUCAUCACAUCUUCAUUCCGAAAGAUCAAGUCAGAUCAUGGAUUCAGAAGCAAUGUCGAUUUGUUUAGAAGAUCGAUUAAAGAUUCCAGAGAUCCAAAAAAUCGAAUUCUUAUCUUCUUCAAGUUCAGCUGGAGGAUUUCCAUUAGUAAGUCAAGAUGAAGUAGGAGAUCAAAGGAUAUUGGUUUAUAUCAGUUGUAGUGAACUUGAACAUGGGAUUUCAUUAAUCUCGGGAAAGGCUUUAAAGUUGGAUCCAUCGAUUCAGUUUCAAAGUGAGAAAGAGAUGUGUUGGACUCCCAGUGCCUUGGACUCUGGUAAGAAGACACAACCAAGUCUUUCAGUUCAAAAAGAUGGAAUUCAUAAUGAUUUGAUUCGAAAAGAGACUGACCUUUAA